UAAUGGCUACUUUGCAGAAAUUCAAGCUUCUAGCAACUCAAUGUGCAGUAGCAGGAAGCCCAACCCGAAGCCCAACAACAAGCCCAGUUAUUCACCUCCGACGCCGGAAAACUCUCCGUAUGCUCCUCAGCCGUAGCGUCGGCGGCGGAGGAAGUGGCCGCAGGUUGCCGCGCCGUGAAAUGUGCUCGCCAGAUCGCGAUUUGCCGGAGAAGGGGAAGGAACUGGUGGUCAGUCACAAGCUGAAGGACUUGUUUGUUUCGUCGCCGCCGCCGUUUGAUCGGAGUAUGCCGGAGAAUACGAGAAACGGACUACCGCCCGCAGCCGCCGGUGGCGGCGGUGAAUGUGCAGCUGGUCGGAGGAUAGGUCUACGUACGCUUCGGCCGUUAUCGGCGACUUUCCGGCAACGGUUAUUGAGGAGAGCUUGGCGACCGGUACUUGUGAGCAUACCGGAGUAAAUUACCAAUUCACUAGGUAUAUUGUACCUGAUUAAUUAGAGAGAAAAUAAAUAUUACUUACAAUUUCUAUAUAUUAGGAGUAAUUAACUUUAUUAAUCCUAUCUGAUUUUGUUGCAGAGUUA